AUGGCACCCACCAUCACCGAGAGGGCAGCGUUUUUGGCUCGCCUCCACUUCGGAGUCACCGUCCCACUCCUGGCACUUGCUUUGGUUCCCUUUUGUGCAAGAAUAUAUGUGCGAAUAUGGCCGGUCUGGAGACUGGGAUGGGAUGAUGCCUUCAUUAUCGCUGGGCUGAUGCAUAUACACCCCGGAGACAUCAGCAUGGACGAAGUUCGAGAAGCUGUCUUUUUGGCAUAUUUUGCCAUUCCGAUAUGGGCUAUCAGCAUGACUUUGAUAAAGACGUCCAUUGUCUUGACUUUGUUGCGAUUACCCCUGAAAAAGUCAUGGAGGAUAGGCCUAUACGUGAUCGCUGCCGUUCAAGUCACCUACUGCGUGGCCGACAUGCAGUAUCUCUUCUUCAAAUGUCGACCAUUCCAUGCUGCCUGGGAUAUCAUGGUCCCUCUGCGCGAGCGAAAAUGUCCCAGCCUCCAUACAGACAUUGUAGUCUCCAGCAUCGGCUCCGCAAUCAACAUUACCACCGACCUGUUGCUUUCUGUUGCUCCGAUGUUCAUCCUUUGGAACCUACGCCGUCCGCUGAGGGAGAGGGUCGUGAUAUGCAUCCUGACAGGGAUGGGCUUAUUGGCCAGCGUCGCGUCGAUCAUGAAGGCCGUGGUCGUUGCUGAUUGGAGGAACGUGGAUGAUCAGUGGGAGAUGGCCAUGUCGAUUGCUACCUGGACCAUUCUCGAGCAGCUCAUCUCGCUUUUUGCUGCAUGCUGCCCUUCGCUGAAAGGCCCGAUCCAGGCCUUGCUGAGCAAAUUCGGUGUCAGUUUGACCAGACAGAAUACAAAUGUGUCUUUUGUGCACAUUCCAUCGAGAAUGAGAGAGAACCAGCUGAGGAGGGAGGCCAGAGAGUGGUUGGGUGAGGACGACUUACAACCUCCACGUCAAGGCCCAUCUGAACUUAUCGCUGUCGUCGACGAAGAAAGCGGACGGUCAAAGAACAACUCUUCGUUGGUGUUGCCUCCUCUUCCGGGUUCAAAGACCCUGAUACCUCAGUUUUUGUUGCGCCGCCAGAAGGAUGGAGCAUGA